AUGAUGUUUCAAGACAAUGAAGAGGAUUAUAAGUUUGGUGCAUGCACUUAUUUUGCAAAAAAUCAUCCAGGAGAGACUUGUGGGAGCAAUGGUUUACCUUUGACCCCAAGCUCUAUUACGAUAUUAGGACGAGCACAAAGACUUCUAACGAUAGAACAUCCCAAUUUGUGCACAUAUCUUGAUGUUAUCAGAGGCAAACAUGAAAGAAUAAUUGUUGUGGCUGAAGUAAUUGGAAAAUCAUUAAAAGAAUGCAGCCAAAAGUUUUCAAAUGAUGAAAUAACAAAUAUCGCAAAACAACUUGCAAAUGGUCUUAACUUCCUUCAUCAACAAGACAUAGUGCAUAGGACAUUAUCAGAUGAUAAUAUUUUUAUUGAUAGUAAUGGAAGAGUUAAGUUGUUUAAUUACGGACUGUAUAAUAUGACUGGUGGAGGUAGUGAAGUAUCAUUUCCUUUGGGAUUACCCAGAUAUCUAAGUCCAGAAACAAUUCUAAAUGGGGGAGGACCUGCUGCAGAUGUGUGGAGUUUUGGUAUCAUUCUUCUCGAGUUAUGUAUUGGUAAAUUGUGGAAUAAUCUUAAACCAGGUCCAAUAUUAAGAAGAAUACUUACUCUGGUACAUGCCAGUAAUCCUGCAGAACGAAUAGCUAGAGAACAUGACUGUUUGGAACAAUACAAACAAAUACCCGAGGAUUUAAAGAUCGUAAUUGAAAAAUGUCUUAGCAUUUAUCCAAAUGAAAGAGCAACAUUUGAUGAUGUCAUUGAAAUGCUAUCACGGGUUGAUACAAAACUCGUGGCGGAAGUCAAAGCACCUCGUGGCUUGAUGGGGUGUAAACUACAAUACUUGUAUUAUUGGUGGCAGCUGGCCGGUGGCGACAUACAAAGCGAAUUAAAAAAGAAUUAUUUGAUAAAAAAUAGUCCACCUAUUUUGUCAAUGCCUAUAGCAAUACUUCUGGACGGGUGUACGAUAGGCGGGAAAUCUGGUGCGUUGUUCGACCGUCGCAUUGCCAAAUACAGCUUGGGCCUUCUUAAGUCCCGCCUUAGUCAUAUACCCCCCCAUGACUACUACCCGCUGAUGCAUGAGAGGAGGAAACAGUAUGAUGCUGUGACGUUACCGAAGAUUAUCAGAGAAAGAGAUACCGAGUAUCAGUUUUACAGGUUGCUUUGGUUCCAAAGACUUUUGCAUGGAUAUCCCUACACUGCUCCAUACAUCCGCGCUGAAGCAGAGGUAGAUAUACCACCUCUACUUCGUGGGCAAGUGUGGGCCGCUCUGUUGGGCGUCGUGGGCGACAUCGAAGAGCAGUAUGAAAGGAUCGAUAAGGAAACUCCCACGCCAACUGAUAGGCAGAUAGAUGUCGAUAUCCCUCGCUGCCACCAGUACUGCUGGCUACUUUGCGGGUCGGCUGGUCACCGAACGUUGAAACGUUUGCUCAAAGCGUGGCUGUUGACCAACCCUCAGUACGUGUAUUGGCAAGGACUGGAUUCGUUGACUGCGCCCUUCUUAUAUUUAAACUUCUGCAAUGAAGCAAGAGCCUUCGCCUGUCUGUCCGCAUUCGUCCCAAAAUUCCUACACAAGUUCUUCCUAAAAGACAACAGUGCAGUCAUCAAGGAGUACUUGGCUAAGUUCUGGCAGAUGACCGCCUUCCACGAGCCGGAGCUGGCGACGCACUUACAUGAUAUCAACUUCGUUCCUGAACUCUUUGCUAUUCCUUGGUUCUUGACUAUGUUUUCACAUGUAUUUCCUCUACAUAAAAUCGUGCACUUAUGGGAUGCCUUGCUAGUCGAAGGUCCUGCGUUACCAUUGUUUAUGGGAGUCGGUAUACUGAGGCAGCUGAGAGAUACUCUACUAUCAUCAGGAUUCAACGAAUGUAUUUUACUGUUCUCCGAUCUGCCUGAAAUCGAUAUUGGCGAAUGUGUUAAGGAAUCAAUAGAUAUGUGCCGCAGUUCACCAAGAAGUAUAAGUUAUAGACGAUUUACUAAUGAGGCACAAGUUAAAGACCCCAUGGAUAUUGUAGAAAUACCAAUGGAGGUGUUAUUUACCGAGCUUUGUCCCAGAAUAAGUCUGUCAGAUUUCUUUUCUCUGAUCUGCCAAGAUAAAUGCUGCGUCAUCGAUAUAAGGUCCAAUUUACUAUAUGAAAAAAGCUGCAUUGAUGGCAGCAUUAAUGUCCCGUACAGUGGAGUACAUCUCGGUCAACAUGAGCUCAGAGCAUUAGGCCUACAUCCUCAAAGAGUACUGCAGGAAGCUAUCAAGUUAAAGAAGAUAGUGGUAGUGGCUUCUGCAGAAGAUGAGACAGCACAAUUGUUCAGUGAUUACCUAGUAAAGUGCGGGGUACCCAAGGUGUGUAUACUCCACGGAGGCAUAUCAGCUUUGUUGGCGCACGUCCCUUCAUUAUUUGUAGUGCCGCCUAAAAGGAAUGGUCAUAAGUAA